AGAGAAAAAAGGGGGAAGAGUGAGCAAAAUUGUGCGACUGAGAAAAAUUUCGAAAUUUCUUCUUUUCCGGCAAAGGGAUUCAAACUUCCGCCUCCAAUUUCUCGCCGUGAAAUUCUUUUUUUAAUAAUUCGACUCUGUCGCCCGUUCUCCCGUCGUGUCUACACUCUCAAGAGAGGUUUAUCUACAAGCGUCUUCUUCUCCUCAUGGCGUUUUAGGGUCUUCUCAGUUCUCACUACUAUAUAAUUCUGGGAGUAGCGUAAUCUCUGAGUUCAACUGAGCAGUUGGCUCGAACAGGACCCCGAAUAUGAGUGGUGUCAAUGUUCGAUCAGAUGGAUCUAGCAUUCUGAGUUUCAACGGAUCAGAAAGUCGUGAAAGCAUGGAUGAUAGUAAGAGAGGUCAUCAGAGUUUGGUGGAGUGGUUAAAUGAGACACUUCCUUACUUGAAGUUACCAUGGGAAGCUUCAGAGGAUGAACUGAGAGCAUGCUUGAGGGAUGGAACUGUAUUGUGUAGCCUUUUAAAUCAGCUUAGUCCUGGGUCUAUGAGAAUGGGAGGCAGCUUUGAGCCUGCUAGUAUAAAAAUUGAGCGGUUUCUGACUGCUAUGGAUGAAAUGGCCCUGCCUAGGUUCGAAGUUUCAGACAUAGAGCAGGGGGAUAUGGUGCCAGUUUUACAGUCCCUCAAGGCGCUUAAAGCAAGUUUUUCCGAUGGUAGUUAUGAUAAGAAUUCACUAUCUGCAAGGAGGAGAUGGAGCCUGCCAGAGGAUCACUCAGAUUCAAGAGGGGAUGAGCGCAAUUUUACUGAUAGAUUCCAGUCGAAGGAAGGAUCUGAGAUUGAUAUAUCUGAUGAUAAAAUUUCCGAAUUACUAAAAUCAAACAGUUUACGAAAUGCUCCGACUAGGUCACUGUUUGACAUGCUGGAUAAGCUUCUUGAUGAGAGCAUGACGAAAAUGAAUGGGCAUGUGUCUCAUGCUAUGGCAUCUCUCUUGAGCGCACUUGUCCAAGUGAUUGAACAGAGAAUCUCAAAUCAAGCUGAUAACCUAAAGAACCAAAAUAUACUCUUUAGGGUACGUGAAGAAAAAUACAGGUCGAGAAUAAAAGUCUUAGAAACCUUGGCAGCUGGGACAACAAAGGAAAACGAGAUUGUUACGAACUGUAUGGAGCAUAUAAAGCUGGAGAAAACCAGAAUAGAAGAGAGAGAACGGUCAGAAGAAAAAGAUGUAGUGAGACUGAGAAAGGAAAAAGAGCGCAGUGAUGCUGAGAUUCGCAAGCUGAAGCAGGAACUCAAAGUAGUGAAAGAGACACAUGAAAACCAAUGCUUGGAUUUAGAAGCAAAAGCACAACAAACUAGAGAGGAGUUGGAGAAGAAGUUAAAAGAUGCUGAGUUACAUGUUGUAGAUUCAAGUAGGAAGGUGAAAGAACUUGAGAAGUUGUGCCAAUCUAAAUCUCAAAGAUGGGAGAAAAAAGAAUGCAUGUAUCAAAAAUUUAUAGACAACCAUUCUGGAGCAUUGCAGGAGCUGAAUGCUACUUCCUUGUCUAUGAAACAUGAAGUAUUAAUAACACAGAGGAAAUACUUUGAGGAUCUAAAUUACUACGGUUUGAAGCUCAAAGGAGUGGCUGAUGCAGCCAAAAAUUACCAUGUGGUCCUUGAAGAAAAUCGAAGACUCUACAAUGAAGUGCAAGAAUUGAAAGGAAAUAUUAGAGUCUAUUGUCGGAUAAGACCAUUCCUUCCAGGGCAAAACAAUAGACAAACAACUAUAGAAUACACUGGUGAGAAUGGUGAAUUGGUGGUUGCGAAUCCCUUUAAGCAAGGGAAAGAUAGCCAUAGGUUAUUCAAAUUCAACAAAGUUUUCGGUCAAGCAGCAACUCAAGAGGAGGUUUUCCUAGAUACUCGACCAUUAAUUCGAUCAAUUCUAGAUGGCUACAAUGUUUGCAUAUUUGCCUAUGGUCAGACGGGUUCUGGUAAAACUUAUACAAUGAGUGGGCCAAGCAUCACUUCAAAAGAAGAUUGGGGUGUCAAUUAUAGAGCUCUGAAUGAUUUGUUUCUCUUAACUCAGAGUAGACAAAACACUGUCAUGUAUGAAGUUGGUGUUCAAAUGGUGGAGAUAUAUAACGAGCAAGUUCGUGACAUACUUUCAGAUGGGGGCUCCAAUCGAAGAUUAGGGAUUUGGAAUACCGCCUUACCAAAUGGGCUAGCAGUCCCUGAUGCAAGCAUGCAUUGUGUGAGAUCAACUGAAGAUGUGCUUGAGCUGAUGAAUAUUGGACUAAUGAAUAGAACCGUAGGUGCUACAGCUCUUAAUGAAAGAAGCAGUAGAUCACACUGUGUUCUUUCAGUUCAUGUACGUGGUGUCGAUGUGGAAACCGACUCAGUUUUGCGGGGUAGUUUACAUUUAGUUGAUCUUGCUGGAAGUGAAAGGGUUGAUCGCUCUGAGGCAACCGGAGAGAGACUCAAGGAAGCUCAGCAUAUAAACAAAUCACUGUCAGCCCUUGGUGAUGUCAUCUUUGCUUUAGCACACAAGAACCCUCACGUUCCGUACAGAAACAGCAAAUUGACUCAAGUCCUUCAAAGUUCCUUGGGAGGACAAGCCAAAACUCUUAUGUUUGUUCAAGUCAAUCCUGAUGGAGACUCAUAUGCUGAGACCGUAAGCACAUUGAAAUUCGCGGAAAGGGUUUCUGGUGUGGAGUUAGGUGCUGCAAAAAGUAAUAAAGAGGGUCGAGAUGUAAGACAACUCAUGGAACAGGUAUCGAAUUUGAAGGAUGUAAUUGCUAAAAAGGACGAAGAACUUCAAAAUUUUCAGAAGUCGACAGUCCUGAAACGUGGUUUAAGCAAUUUAAGGUUGGUGGGACCUUCAUCACCUAGACGACAUUCUAUUGGAGCUUCACCAAAUUCUCGUCGAGGAAAGCCCUCUCGUUUAUUUGGAAGAGGAACCUCAGAUGUUGACAACUGCUCAGAAUAUAGUAGCAAGCAUUCUGAUUCUGGUUCACAGCAUUCAUCAGAUGAACGUGAACAUCGAAAGGAUUCUCACCAACCAUCUAAAUUUUCUGGUGGGGCAAAAGGAAUUGAUUUUGAUGAUGAAGAUGUUGAACUCGUAGGCCUUGCAGAUGCAGAUUCUGAGGAAAGACUGAGUGAUAUCUCUGACAGCUGUCUUUCAAUGGGAACAGAAACUGAUGGAUCUAUAGGCAGUGCAGUGGAGUUGACUCUUUUUCCUGAAACCACUAAGCCUCUUGAAAUAACCGAACGACCUGAAGCACAAAUGACCUCUGAGAAACCUGAGAAAUCUGUAAAAAUGGGGAAAGCUGCUGACCCAAAAGACAGCAGAAGUAAUAUUCCAUCAAAGAUUCCGAAGCAGACCAUGAAACCACCAGGCCAAACCAGACCUUCUCGUCUGUCAAUUACCACUAGCUCCUCCUCAAAGGCCUUAACAGGUGCUAAAAGACCAACAAUUAGCACUUCGUCUUCAGCGAAACCACUCAACAGAAGGCGGUGAAGACACAAGAUUCAUCCAUCCUGAGGGAUUGAAUGAAAGACGAAGAUUUGAGCUGAUGGUGUUUGAUAACUAAUUGUGUAACUAAGCAUAUGAUGGAUGAUUGCCAUUUGUUCUUCUUUGUUAACCUAAUCCCAACAAACACCUAAACUAAGUUUUCUUAGUGUUAACUUAAUCCUGUCCACGUAACAGAUAGAGGUUUUCUAUAUGAUUCUAGUGUAUCGAUAUGGAAUUAACGGGAAAAUGCUCAGAUGAGUUAAGAUCAA